AUGCAGCCCGCGUUCCAUCCACUUUCAUCCGCGAGCGCAGAAAUCACGCUUCGCUCGAAGGACGAGUUGUUCUACUCUGUCUCAGCCGAGACGUUGAGCCGCACCUCCGCGUGGUUCCGAACUAUGCUGAGCCUGCCCCAGACCUCGGCCGAGUCGACCAAGGAGGCCAUCCCGAUGGACGAGAACGGAGACGUGAUCGCAAGCUUAUUGUCCAUCGUGAGCGGCACGGACCUCCCAGACCUCGACAACAUCGACAAACUCGAGGCUAUCCUGCAGGCGGCGGACAAGUACGAGAUGCCGCUCGCCAUUGCGACGCUACGCAUGGCGCUCUUCUCCCCCUUCCUGCACGCGUCGCCCAUCCGCCUUUACAAGAUCGCGUGCCGGAUGGCCUGGGAAAGAGAGGCGAAGCUCGCGUCGUCGCGCACGCUCACGCUCGACCUCUUCGCUCCCGAAGUCAUGUCCGAGCUCGUCGCGCUCGAGCCCGCACAUCGCGACAAGCUCCUCGCGCUACACCGCCGGCGACGCGACGCGCUCGCCGAGAGCCUCGACAACACGACCAUAUUCUACGCGAACCUGCGCGGGACGCCGUGCAACCGGAACGACGGCGUGAACCGCUGUACGGCCCCCCUGGACCAUGGGGCGUGGUCCGCGUUCAAGUACGCGUUCAUCCGCCGUGUGGAGCGCGGGUUGGUAGGGGAGGAGCUCGACGGGGACUUCUACCGGAUGCGGGAGCUGUGGGAUCUGAGAAUGGCGCACUGUCAUGUGUGCAAGAGGAUCGUGUACAACAUGCCGAACACGCUGGAGAACCUGCAGAAGAUCGUGAAGGAACUGCCAAAGAGCAUUGAGGUAAGUGCACCGCGUGUCUCUCCUGUCUACUGCGUGGUGGACCGGGGACUGAGUCUGGGCAGUGGUCUCGUUCAUGAUCGGGCCGAGAUGGGUUUGGUGGUCUGCCGCAGUUAUGGUUCAAACAGAACUGUGAAUGGCCGUCCUAUGAUCUGUGCAUGUGAUGCUGUCAAUAUAUCCACGUUGUCUUCACAGGCAGCAUUUUGGUGUUUAUUAGAUAGCUAA